UUCUAUAACGGAGAACACGUUAUGGAUUUUACUAGUAAAGUUGUUAUAAUCACGGGAGCGAGUUCAGAAAUAGGAGCUACAACAGCCAAACAUUUAGCAUCACAGAACGCAAUCUUAUCCUUAGUUGGUAGAGAUGAAGAGAGGUUGAGACAAGUAGCGGACUCCUGUGCAGCCGCUAGAGGAAUUAUACCACUCAUUGUGAAAGUAGAUCUAACUGAAGAAGGAAGCUGUGAAGAAGUGGUUAGUAGAACGGUUGCUACGUUUGGAAGACUCGAUGUUCUUAUAAAUUGUGCUGGAAAAAUUGAACUUGAUUCACUUUUAGAUGAAAACAUAGACUGUAUGGACGAAUUAUUCCAAAGUAAUCUCAAAGUACCAUUCAAGCUAACACAUCUUUCGAUACCACACUUAAUCAAAACCAAAGGCAAUGUGGUGAACUUGAGAAGUGCUCAGAAGUUAGCUAGGCAUGGAUUUUUAAGUUUCUCAAUUAUAGAUACAGCUCUUGAAAAGUUCACACAAGCAGCCGCAUUUGACGUAGCUUCGACUGGUGUAAGAAUCAACGCUGUGUGCAUUGCUUUAACAAACACUCCAGUGCUUAAUAAUAUCAAUUCUAACGAAGACAAAAAACAAGUGCAUCAAAUGAUAAAAAGGAAUUAUAACGUCGAUGUGAUGCGGCCGGAUGAGGUAGCGAAAAUGAUAGCAUUUGUAGCAAGCAGCGUUUGUCCGAAUAUUAAUGGAGCUAAUAUUUUCCUUGAUGGAUGUGCUAACUUCAAAUUUUGAACUGUACUUACUAUGUUAUUGUAAAUGCACUGGAGUUAUUGAUAUCGAAAAUGUUUAUGUUAUCCUAAGUAAUAAAGAUAUCUGUUUAUGUAAGUACUAAAUAAUCGUUGAUAAGGUGUGC